AUGGGUAGACUAGCAUUCGGAAGCACCCCACGUUCUCCCGUCGCCCCAGGCCGGUCGCCAAACCUGAACGACCUCGGAACCCUCUCCAUGGAUUCUCAACUCGGCGUCGCUACCACCGAGUCUGUGCAGAACGAUAUGAUGGACGCUUGUUUCGACGGCGACUUUCCCACGGACCCUUUCAUCAACUUGAUGGGCAAUAGUAUCACACCCAACCAGGAUCAAUGGCUUGCCCAAAUCGAGCAAGGGGCAGUGCACGAACGACCGAGCAGUCCAGUAGAUGAAGAGGUUAUAAGAGCCUAUGAGAAGAUGGCUGGCGUUUGUGCACAUGUAGAGCCAUGGCAUCUCUAUGAUUCAACAACAACACUACACUACAUUGUGGCCCGUGUGAAAGGCUUUAUAACAGACAUUGCUACGCGAAACGCCACGCCUUUCCUGCAUCGCUAUCUCUACCGAGACCACACACCACCAUGCAUCCUAUCCUGCUUCGCCACCAGUGUGCUCUACGCAAACCGCACAGAGGCUAACACAGCCGUGGUCAUGCGAGCUCUUCACAGCAGCGUGAGAGAAUUUGUUGACGCCGAGAUCGGUCGUGUCGUAGCAAUGCCAGCAGAGAAGCUUGCGCGGACCCAGGCGCUAGAUCAUUCGUCUACUUGA